AUGGCCGCUGCGGGGUCUGUGACGGUGGCGUUGCAUGUGGCGGAAGUGCUAGAAACCAUCGUGAGCGGUUGCUUGGGGCCCGAAGGGCGGCAAGUUCUGUGUACCAAGCCCACUGGCGAGGUGCUGCUCAGCCGGGAUGGAGGCCGCCUGUUGAAGGCGCUACAUUUAGAGCAUCCCGUAGCCAGGGUGAUGGUGGCCUGUGUUUCCAGUCAUCUAAGAAAAACAGGAGAUGGUGCUAAAACAUUUAUUAUCUUUCUUUGCCAUUUACUCAGAGGACUUCGUGAGAUCACAGGCAAGGAAAAGGAUUUUUUCCCUUUUGAAAAUACUCAAACCUGUGGAAGGCAUUGGAAAAAUUGCUGUCAGUGGAAAUUUAUUUCCCAAGCUCUUCUAACAUUUCAGACACAAAUACUAGACUAUGUUAUGGACCAUUACUUAAGUAGACACUUCUUGUCCAUCUUUUCUUCAGGCACUAAAGAAAGAACAUUGUGUAGGGGCUCUUUAGAGAUGCUCUUAGGGGCAUACUUUUGUGGAAGAGUGGGAAGAAAUAAUCACAACUUGAUAUCUCAGUUGAUGUGUGACUAUGUUUUCAAGUGUACAGCUUGUGAAAGUAGCUUUGAAGAAGUACUUGAGAUAGUGGAUGACUGUUUUGUUGAGUUGAAAGUUGGUGUCACCGGCCUUCCUGUUUCCGAUUCCAGGAUCAUAGCUGGGCUUGUGCUUCAGAGAGACUUUUCUGUGUACUGUCCAGCAGAUGGUGACAUAAGAAUAGUGAUAGUAACAGAAACCAUUCAGCCUCUUUUUUCAAUUUCUGGAUCAGAGGUUAUUCUAAAUUCAGAAGCACAGUUUCAGACAUCUCAGUUUUGGAUUACAGAAAGAACAAAAGCAAUAGUGAAACAUUUACAGAAUCAGAAUGUAAAGUUACUCCUAUCUACUGUGAAGCAACCAGACUUAGUAAUUUAUUUUGCAGGACUGAAUGACAUAUCUGUGGUGGAGUGUUUAUCAUCUGAAGAACUUUCUCUUAUCCAGAGAGUCAUUGGUCUUGUUCCCUUUGUACUACCAGAGGCCUCUUCUCAGUAUGAACUCUCUCACACUGCUUUGGUGAAAUUCUGUAAACCCCUUAUCCUCAGAUCCAAAAGGUAUGUUCAUCUUGGCUUGAUGAGCACCUGUUCAUUUACACCGCAUUGUAUAGUUCUUUGUGGACCGGUGCAGGGUCUUGUUGAACAACAUGAGGAUGCUUUACAUGGAGCAUUUAAAAUGCUCCGGCAGGUAUUUAAAGACCUUGAUUUAAAUUAUGUGACACAAACCAGUGACCAAAGUUGUACAUCAGGUCCUCGUAUAUAUAAGAAUAGUAGAGAAAGUAAUGAGUUACCAAAAAUAGUUAACAGCUCAAUACAAAGGUUGUAUCAGGACACUGUUGUAAAGAACGAAGGUGAACUGGCAAAAACUCAAACGAAUUUAAGAGUAUGUUCAAAUUUGAUAGUUCCAAGCGUCAAAUUAGAGAAAAAUGUAUUGUGUUCAACACCAAAAGUGGCAGUAACAGAUUCAUACCAGACAGAUGAAACAUUGAGAUGUUCAUCCCCAAACAAAGGGAGGAUAAUGGAUGACCAUGAACCAUUUAUUGAGAAUAAUUCUGCUAACUCAAAAACAGAAAAUACUAGAAAAGAAAUUUCUUACAAAAAUUUACAGGUUACAAAACUUGCUAGAAAGGACAGCAUUUUACCACUGAGAUAUAAGUCACUGGAGAUGUGUACUUCCCAAAGUUACUAUUUCUCAUCUAUACCAGCUGGUUCUGUUUUGCCUGUGGGUGGUAAUUUUGAGAUCUUAUUGCAUUACUAUCUUCUCAACUAUGCCAAAAAAUGCCAGCAAUCAGAACAAACCAUGGUUAGUAGCAUAAUAGCUAAUGCACUUUUAGGCGUUCCCAAAAUCUUGUAUAAGUCUAAGAAAGGAAAUUACAGCUUUCCACAAGUAUAUGUAAGCGCUCUCCGGGCACUGCAAACCAAUCAACCCAUGAUAAGCAACCAGACAGGUUUGGAAUCAGUUGCUGGUAAAUACCAGUUACUAACUUCAGUUCUUCAGUGCUUGACAAACAUUUUGACUGUUGACUUAGUAAUCAAUAUUAAGAGACAGCCUCAGGAAGUUUAUGAUCAAGAUUCAGAAGAGGAACUAUAAAAUUGGAAGCUUUUUAUUAACCAGAGUUUUAAUCCAACUCAAGC